AUGCCCGAUCUACACUCUCUUCCCGAAGGCACUAGGCCCUCGCGCGCCAUUCGCAACAACGGCCCAGACAAUCUGGUCUUAGAGCGCGCAAGGCUCCGCGAACUCGCUGAAGGCUGGCCUUGUUACCGCGAUGCCUGCGAGUGGGAGAACUUUGCCUCCAUAUUCCACGCCGACGCAUACGUAUACACAACCUGGUCCGGCCGCAUGCACUACGCGGAUUUCAUUGCCGCCUCGCAGGCCGGCAUGGACAAGGGCGCCUUCAUCAUGCACCGGUGCCACGGGGUCACCAGCGACAUUACCCCGGAUGCGCUGCGUGCCGUAACGAAGAUGAAGGCAACUAUUACGCAGAGGUUUACCAUUGAUGGCUGCGAGGUCGACGCCGAGGCCGAUUGCCGGUUUUGCUUCUUCUUUGAGAAGGUGGAUGGACGGUGGGCGGCGCGGCUGGUGCGACAUUGGUAUGAGAAGGAUAGGCUUAUUCCUGUGAUUCCAGGGCGGUUUCCCAAGUUAGAUGAGGAGAAGUUGAAUGGGUAUCCCGAAGGGUAUAAGUGCCUGGCGUACUGCCAGGAGUUGACAAUGGGGGUUGCGGUGUUGAGGGAUAUGCCGGGGCAUCGACGACAUAGUGGAGUUUGUGGUGAGAAACAUGAUCGGUUGUAUCGACUGGCGAAGGAUUGGCUGGAUGGGAAGGACAUUGAGAUUUAA